AGACGGCUAUUUAAAAAUAUAUGUUCUUCAGUAUUUUGACUGUUGGAAACCGGCAUUGACCCAUUGAUGCGUCUCCAGGCGGACGGGAUGGACAUCCUCUGUGUUCGGGAGGCAACCAGAUUUGCUUCUGAUCAUUGUCGGUCUGGGAAAGGCCCAAUCAUUUUGGAGCUUCAGACCUAUCGCUAUUAUGGACACCAUGAGGGUGACAGCGAGGACAAGUAUCGCUCAGCGGAGGAGGUUGAUGAGGUCCGCAGAAACAGAGACCCCAUCUCACAACUUGAGGCUCGCAUCAUCAGCAAUAACAUGGCCAGCACGGAGGAACUGAGGCAGAUUGAUGAGCAAAUCAAAAAGGAUGUUGAAGAAGCUACACGAUUUGCCCUCCAAAGCCCUGAACCCCCAGUAGAAGAACUCUGCAACCACAUCUACAGCAAUUGUGUGCCACAAGACGUGCGAGGCAUCAACCCAUGGACCAAGCUGAAGUCUGUGAGCUAA